AUGCUCAAAAACUGCCUAGUGACGGUCGGUUCGACGAAAUUCGACGAUUUAAUACAAGAAGUCCUAAAACCAGACGUACUAGCACAACUAAAACAACAUGGAGUACGAAACCUGAUAAUUCAAUGUGGAGCCGGCAAGAUAUUCGAAGAAAUAUCAGCGAAAAAUGGGAGAGAAACAGAGAAAAAGGGUGACGGAGACAAUGAAAUCGAGCGAAUUUUGGAAAAAACGGACAAAAUCAGAUGGACUGAAGAUGGAAUUGAGGUAAGAACUUUGUUUACAGUACUCGGGUAGCUUCUAAAUGACUGAACGUUGAAAAAACAGUCAAUUUUGGUGAGUUUAGAAAAGUGGAAUUUGAGUGGAAGAUUUGUAAUGUAUUUUUCACUGAAAAUCUUUCACCAAACUUCCACUUUUAAAAAGUGUCAAAAAGUCAUUUUUAGGUCAUUUCGAGACAUUUUAAAAAUUGAAGUUGAGUGGAAGGUUUUCAGUGCAAAAUACAUUACAUUUCUUCCACCAAACUUCCACUUUUUUAAAACCUUUAAAAUUGGCCGCAAGCUGCCAAAAUAGGCUUACAUUGCCAUUAAAACACCAUUUUAGAUAACAAUGAUCCGCUACGUUCACGACCUGAUCCCCCUAAUCCAACACUCCAAUAUUGUCAUAGCUCAUGGUGGUGCUGGUACCAUUUUCGAGACCACUAAAGCCAAGAAGACCAUGUUUGUGGUUAUUAACCGGUCGUUAAUGUCCGAUCAUCAAACCGAAUUGGCCAGAGAGCUGGCCAAAACCAAGGAUUUGCACUAUGUGUCCCAGCCAUCUGAGCUGUUAGAAGCUUUAAGACAACAGGAUAUUGUUAUAGUACCAAAUGUACCACCACCAAGUGGUACACAACGAAAAGAGUUUGUACAGGACUUGUUUUUGAAAUGCGGGUUUAUUAAAAAUUAA